GUCAAGCCACGUCUCCUACUCCAAUGCUUCCUUCCUUCACAGAGAGAGAGAGAGAGAGAGAGGGGCCUAAAAUCAAAGGCGUUGGUCUCUGGUUCUAAACGAAGAAAGAGAGAAAGAGAGAGAGAGAGAGAGAGAGAGGAGGAGGAGGACCAACGAACACCACCAGUGCGUCCGCCACCGCCACCGCCGACCAGACCACCACAACCACCACCGCGACAGCCGACAACCGCCACCUCCGUUAGCGCCUUCCCUCCGCCGACAAGGUGUAAAUUUCUCUUCAAGGGAUAAACUUGCGGUCGAGAUGAUUGAGGUACUUUUUGAUGAUGCUAUUAAGGUGGAUCGUCUAGAUCCAGAUGGUAAAAAGUUUGACAAAGUUUCUCGCAUUGAAGCACAGAGCGAGGAAAAAGAUAUGCACAUACAGCUAGAUGUGAAUACAGAAGUUUAUCCUAUUUGUGUCGGGGAGAAGUUUAGAAUGGCAUUAGCUCCAACUCUAAAUUUGGAUGGAUCAGCUGUGACUAGCUAUCUACCUGAGGGCAAGUCAAAAUCACUUGCUGACAAAUUCGAGUAUGUCAUGCAUGGAUUGUUGUACAAGAUGUCAGAGGAUGAUUCAUCUGGAACUGUGAAAGUGAUUGCAUACAUUUCUUUUGGUGGACUUCAACUGAUGCUGAAGGGGGAUCCGAGUCAUAUGAGUGAAUUUAAGCUUGAUCAGAGGCUGUUUCUUCUUAUGAGAAAGAUGUGAAGCAAAUCUAAAUUCGUGAGGUUGCUUCUCUUGGAAAAGAAUAUCGGUGUCCAGAACUAAUGGUGGCCAUAACUUAGUUCUUACUAGUGUUUGUCUUAACCUUCUACUGUUCAUUUACUUUUGGACGGUGAAACUUCUCCCAGACUUGAACUAGUUGUUUUCACAGGCAGACAUUUUAAUAGACCUCUUUUGCUAUUCUUGUGAUCA